CAAAGGCCUUCUGUUGAGCAGGUGUGCCUGUGGGUCAGACAGACUUGGACAGCUGGUGAAGAAGCCCUCUGCAUGCUGGCCUCCCUGCUGUGCGGCUGUUAGUUCACUCCGAGCUCGCUCCUGGGUGGGUCCUCAGGAGCUAGUCCUGUUGGGACAGCUUCAGGAUGGAAGCCCCAUUCCUAGAGCAGGUGAGUAAGGGUUGCCAUGCAUUGCUUUGACUCUGACACGCACUUCCUGUUGUCUUUACAGAGAUCUCACUGAAGAAUAACCCCGAGGGAACAUUUGUCUCCGACACCUUUGUUAAUGGCCAUCCUCAGCUUCUAGUGGCUGGAAAGACACCACCUGCCCUUAUGCGUGGCCUGUGCCAGGCAGCGGAUGGGGUUCCUGCCAGCUGUGCCCAGGACACUGUUGCCCAGAGCCUCCCUCUGUUGGGUGGGUGCUCAUGAAGCCGGUUCCUGAGCCAGCUGGGGAGGCGACGGCCUCCUAGAGCCUGCAACAUGGAAGCGCUGGAGGUGGAUGACAUCAGCCCCGCCCUCGAGGUGACUGAGGAUUUCUUCAGCACUUUUGACAGCAAGCUGGAAAAGGCUGGCCAGCAAGCAGAGGUGUACGGGAUCCAGGAGGUCCCGGAGCUGGUGGGGCACGAGGCACUCAGUAACAUCACAGACAACGGUGCUCUCCGAAACAUCGCCGCCCUAGGCGAGGGGGGCAUGCUUUGGGACCCCUGUCAGACCAGGUUCUUAGAAACCAAAGUCCAAAAUGUCUUCCCCGCCAAAGAACAGUUCAUGGUCCAGAAAGGGACGGCCCCAGAUAACCUUUCCUGGAUGGAGCAAAAGGAAGCAUCCACCUUCAAUUUUUUCAACGUGUGUCAGCGUCGCAGGGACAGACCUCGCUCUGUGAAUGACCUGUUGGAUGAGACCACCACUUUUAAGCCAGGGCAUGCUCGGUCCAGGUCAGAUGUUACCCAGGUGGACUGGAAGGUGAUUCUCAAGACCACGCCUCUGCAGCAGCAGCCGCAGCAGCCCUCUCUUCAGGGCCCUCACUUCACCAGGCCGUUGUUCCUGUCGCCUUCACCAAAUAAGAUAGAAGAUGCUCAAGGAAAUAUGGAACACAAGCAGGCAUUCCCCAACAUUCUGAAGAAAGGCCACCUGGAGGUUCGGAAGGACCACGACAGCUGCUGGCAGAGCUGCUACGCAGAACUCUCCCCUUACGACCUGCGCCUCUACAGCCGCGACGGCAGCGGGAACCAGAGCCUGUCCGCCACGCACCCGCUCUCCCACUUCCAGAGCAUCUCCGUGCUGGGCAACCUGGAGGCCAGGCUGGUGGACACCGUGCUGUCCGACAGCACGCAGCUGCAGCUGAAGGCGGAGUCCCCGUGGGAGGCGUUGGACUGGGGGCAGAAGCUCUGGGAGGUGGUGCAUGCCGCCGUGCCCGGCGACGUGGGGCGGCGGGACGAGCUGGCAAACUCGCCGGGGCCCGGCUACCGCUUUGACGGCACACAGAGCCACUGUUUCCAGAAGCCCAGCGAGCUGCUCGCCCGGCCCCCCGUCGGGGACGGCCCCAGACAGCACCAGGACGUCCUCAAGUCCGGGACGCUGUACCGGCUCACCAUGCAGAACAACUGGAAGGCGUUCACGUUCGUGCUGAGCAGGGCCUACCUCAUGGCUUUCCAGCCCGGCAGGCUGGACGAGGACCCGCUGCUGAGCUACAACGUGGACGUGUGCCUGGCCGUCCAGGUGGACGCCCUGGACGGCUGCGACUCCUGCUUCCAAGUCAUCUUCCCCCAAGACGUCCUCCGCCUCCGGGCAGAGACGCGGCAGAGGGCCCACGAGUGGAUGGAGGCUCUGCAAAUGGCAGCCAACGCGGCGAGGAGCUCCGAGCAAAACCUGCAAGUCACCCUGAGGAACAAGCCCCAGGACCCGACGGGCGGGCACGAGCUCAGGAAGAGCAAGCGGCAGUCCGUGACCACCAGCUUCCUCAGCAUCCUGACCACGCUGGCCCUGGAGCGAGGGCUCACCGCCCAGAGCUUCAAGUGCGCAGGAUGCCAGCGAUCCAUUGGCCUUUCCCAUGGGAAAGCCAAGGUGUGCAAUUACAGCGGCUGGUAUUACUGCGGCACCUGCCACGUGGACGACAGUUUCCUCAUCCCCGCACGCCUCGUCCACAACUGGGACACGUCCAAGUACAAGGUGUCUAAGCAGGCCAAAGAGUUUCUGGAGUACGUGUACGAGGAGCCCCUGAUCGACAUCCAGCAGGAGAACCCCCUGCUGUACCUGCACGCCGAGCCGCUGGCCACCGUGGUGCGGCUGCGGCAGCGGCUCAAGUCGCUGCGCGCCUAUUUGUUCAGCUGCCGGGCGGCCGUGGCCGAGGACCUGCGCCGCAGAAUUUUCCCCAGAGAAUACCUCCUUCAGCAGAUCCACCUGUAUUCCCUCGCCGAUCUGCAGCAGGUAAUAGAGGGGAAGCUGGCUCCAUUCCUGGGCAAGGUCAUUAAAUUUGCCAGCGCUCACGUGUACAGCUGCAGUCUUUGCAGCCAGAAGGGGUUCAUCUGUGAAAUCUGCAACAAUGGAGAGAUCCUCUACCCUUUUGAGGAUAUUUCGACAAGCAGGUGUGACAGCUGCGGCGCCGUGUUCCACGCCGAGUGCAGAGAGAGGUCCGUGCCCUGCCCGCGCUGCGUGCGCCGGGAGCUGCAGAAGAAGCAGAAGUCCUUCUGGCGGCGGCUGAACGUGGACGAGAGCCUGGAGGAGGCCUGCAGCAUGUUCGAGCUGAGCUUCCCCAACACCUGACCGCGGCCAGGCCAGGCGACCCCCCAGUGACCCGCGGCCCCUUUCCGAGGGGUGCGUCUCGUCUCCGGCUGGACACGGAAACACACGUACACACCUACCUGCACACACACACCGUACGGACGUCCUGAGAGGUCCAUGGAGCCCUGCGGCUCUAAAAGCUCCCGACGGGCACGUGCACUCGGCCGUGAACUUCCGCUGCUCGCUCCCAGGCAACGCGCGGUUCACACGCAGUGCUUUCCACCGGGGACUGUUUUCUGGUUUGUUUUGUUUUGUUUUUUGUUUUGUUUUGUUUUGUUUUGCUCGUUCUUUCGGCUGUCGGGGCCACGCUAUUACCCAGGGCCCAGGAGGAAGUAUUGUUACACAGAACAGCAGGCGUGGGCUCCUUCUAUGUUAUUUAUUUUUAGCCUUCCCAGCCGAUGAGGCUGGCACCCAGCACCCGGUCCCCAGGACAGUCUCCUACACCCAGAGGCGACUGGAUCCUUCCAGGACCCGCCUCCUAGCCUCCGAGUCCCCUAGAGGCCGGGGUCCCCUCUGAGCCAAAAUCAGGAGAACAGGCUCCCCCGAGAGAAAGCAUGCCACCCUGAGUGAUUGGAGGGCUCAUCCUGGUUUGGAAGCCCAAGUCAGAAAAGUCUGUUCCUUGACAAGGAAGAGGCCCCGGCGGCCAAGUCCAGCCGCAGUUGCUCUGUUCGCUGGUUCGAACCCGCCUGGCCUGGUGAGGCCCCCACCACAGGCCCGGGCUGCCCGCGGCUCCCGAGCGCGGCUCCCGGGCUCGGGGACGGGAUGGACGUGUUGGCGGAGCUGCCGGGGAGGUGCCCGAGGCCGUCCAGCAGCCCGGCUAGUCUCUUUCCACAGAACCCGUGUGGGCAGCCCUCCCUGCUCCCUGUAGAUGCUUUGUUUCCCAUCGCUCUGCACUGCACUUCAUUGUAACCUUUGUCAAGUGAACCACUUCUACUUUCACCUUUUCUUAAUCUUAAAAAACACUCACAGGAACCCGGAACUUCAAAAUACCCACUGAGACUAUUAAGAAAAUACCGAGCUUAUACAUACAAUGAGCGAAUUCAGUCUAAUGUCAUUGAAAUACACAGACGUAUACGUGUAUCAUUGCCAUCCUAAAGUAAAA